GCAGAUGGAUUUCACAAAAAGGUGAAAGCCCUAAUAAAGAAGAGAAAAAUCAAAAGCAGUUGGCUUUCGGUUAGCCAAUCUUCAUUAACUAGCGGAGACGAAGGCGACGGGCGACACCACCGACCGACCGACCGACCGACCGAACAAGAAGAAGAAGAAGCUGCGGCAAGGGCGUUUCGGUUUUUCGUUACACGACUUCGUUGUCUUCCAUGUUCGCCUCCGGAAGCAGUUCCACCGGAAUCUACCAAUUUGGUGGCGGCGGAGGCAGCGGUUUCUGGUCGGCAGUGUUGCAGCCGCCUUCCAAAGCUGCUUUGGCCUUCACCGCCGUCGCUGGACUCGCCCUCUUCGCUGCUAUUUACUACACAACCGCUAGUGGUCGGCUGAAAUCACCUUGGUCUCGUUGGAGAAGGAAAAGUGCUCUUACUCAUCAGCAAUGGAGAAGUUUGUUUACACCUGAUGGCAGGCUCCAUGAUGGAGUCAACUUCUUAAAGAAAGUUCGCAGUAGUGGUGUUGAUCCAAGUAUUAGGGAAGAGGUAUGGCCAUUUCUCCUUGGAGUCUAUGACCUGAACAGUUCUAAGGAAGAAAGGGAGGUUGUUAGUGCUGAGAAAAAAAAGGAAUAUGAAAAACUUCGCAGACAGUGGAGGAAACUCCAAAAGCAAAGUAAUGGAAGUUUUAAGUUAAAUGAAACUGGUGGAACUGGCCAAACAGGAGAUAGUGGAAGUCUCAUUCAGGGGAAAAGAACAUGUAGCUCCGAAGAUGUAGUUAGUGUCUCUGAAGAUGUAGUUAGUGUCAAGGAAUCUAUUUCAAAAGAGGAAGGGAGCCCAGAUGCUGAAUUUUCUGAUGACCCAUCCAGUGAAUUAUUGGAAGGAGGAGAUGGUGGUUCAAGAAGAAAUUUGGGCACUGAUGUGUCUGCACUAAACAGUGAAUCAUCUGACUCAGACUCCUCAGAAGACCCUGUAGUGAUUCAGGGUUCUCCCUCUUCAGAAACUGGGGAGAAGAAUGAUUCUGACAUGCAUAAAAAAGAGAAUGUUUCUCCCUCAAGCACAAAAGUACAGUCAAAACUGCCCACAACUGAAGAUUUUUCCACUUGGCAGCGGAUUAUUCGACUUGAUGCUGUGCGUGCCAAUGCUGAAUGGAUUCCAUAUUCUCCAUCUCAGGCUGCACUAUCUGAUGCUGAGGCCCGGCAUUUGGCUGAGGCUGUCGGGUUAAAAGAUUAUGAUCACCUGGAGGCUUGUCGGAUUUUGCAUGCUGCAAGAUUAACUGCUAUUCUUGAAGCCUACGUGCUUUAUGACCCUGAAAUUGGGUACUGUCAAGGCAUGAGUGAUCUACUGUCUCCCAUAAUUACUAUCAUUACCGAGGAUCAUGUGGCUUUCUGGUGUUUUGUUGGCUUUAUGAACAAGGCUAGGCAUAAUUUUAGGCUUGAUGAGGUGGGAAUCAGAAGACAACUAAAUAUUGUUUCCAAGAUAAUCAAAUUCAAGGACUGUCACCUUUACAGGCACUUGGAGAUGCUGCAGGCGGAGGAUUGCUUUUUUGUUUAUAGGAUGGUGGUUGUGUUGUUCAGGAGGGAAUUGUCAUUUGAACAGACACUUUGCCUCUGGGAGGUAAUGUGGGCAGAUCAGGCAGCCAUCAGAUAUGGGAUUGGGAAGUCCGCAUGGAUCAAGAUAAGAGCCCCACCAACAGAUGAUCUGUUGCUGUAUGCAAUUGCAGCUUCUGUUUUACAGAGGAGGAAAUUGAUCAUAGAGAAGUAUAGCAGCAUGGAUGAGAUAUUAAGGGAGUGCAAUGGUAUGGCUGGGCAUCUUGAUGUAUGGAGACUCUUAGAUGAUGCACAUGAGUUGGUGGUCACUCUCCACAACAAGAUCAAGACAUCCUUCUGACCAAGACCAGUUACUGGAAUUAGUCCACCAAUCUUUUGUGCUUCAGUUGUUUCUUUAACCUUGGUUCUGAUGUGUCUCUCUUUCAAAGCACUGCUUGAAAUGCUACCUCUUUUCUGUUAAAUUGUCCAUUUUGGUGCUCUCAACUGUGAAGGUAACUACUGGAAGUUAAACUCUAAUUUAUGUCUGCACUGUGAUGCACCGCCCUUUGGCAUGUGGGAUUGAACAUCCAUUGCUACUUGAGGCCAACUUUACAUUUCAUUUUAUUAUUUGCAGCAAGAUUUAAAGAGAUUGAUGAAGCAGUUGCAAUCAUAAGCUCUUUUCACCUGUUCUUCACCUUGACACCAAAGAAGAGUCCAACCCAAUGUUUUGUUUGUUUUAGUCGAUCCUGAUUCAACAUUAGAAGUAUAUUUGAUUUCGCCAAUAACCCACCAUUGGCACGGGAAGUCUUAAGUAGGUGGUUAUUUUAUUUUCUAAACCCUUCAAAGUGUUAUAGGUAGAUUUUAUAUUUUCAUAACUCUUCAAAGUGUAGAAGGUAGACAUAUUUUUAUAACCUUGCAAAGUGUUGACGGUAGAUAUGUUGGAUAUA